CCCACUUUCUCUCUCUAGACUCUCUUCAUGGAAGACCCAUCAUUGCAAACCCACUUUCUCUCUCUAACCACCCAUAGAGACCACUUGUACCGAAGUCUCUCCUCCAACGAGCCCUCUUUCUCAAAACUCGCUCUCUCUCCUCCCCGUUUCAGCACAGCUUCCCCCUCUCAGUCACUGCACCAAAGCCCACCUCCCGUUCGCUUCAAAGAACAAGGGACAAGAGCCUACACGAGGUGUAUCUCCUCUCUCCUACAAAAAGAUGGCCAAAUUCUCUCUCUAGAUGUGUCUAAUGGUUAUGUUUGCACAGGCACUGAAACCAAGUCCAUCAGAAUAUGGAAGCUACCUGAUUUCACUAUACAUGGGUGUUUAAAAGCUGGUUGUUCAGGUGUUAGAGCACUUUCUCUCUCUAGAGACCAUGUGUUUGCAGCCUAUACAGACUUGAAGAUAAGGAUAUGGCAUAGGUCGCUGGAAAAUUUCCCGGUUGGGCGCCGCAAAGUUGGUCUGAAGCUCAGUAGUUAUUUUCAUAAAGAUCAUCAGACAUCUUCAGCUAAACAUUUGGGGGCGAUCACUUCAUUGGCGGUGAACACAUUCGACAAUCUUCUUUAUUCGGCUUCAGUCGAUAAGACGGUUAGGGUUUGGAGGAUAUCAGAUUUGAGGUGCAUUGAGACCAUUGAGGCACAUAAAGCCGCUGUGAAUGCCAUUGCAUUAGGUGGAGAUGGCAUAGUAUUCACCGGCUCAGACGAUGCAACGGUGAAGGUAUGGAGACGAAGCUAUAGCGAGAAGCGGCGCCACUGCCUUGCUGUGAGCCUUCUCGUCAAAGUCUCACCGGUAAAAGCCCUAGCCUUAGGCAAAAGAGGCACUCAGCUAUACGCUGGUUGCUCAGAUGGUUAUGUUCACUUUUGGGUAAGGGCUUGUUUCUCGGGCCAAAUGCAAUUUGGUGGUGUUCUAAGAGGGCACAAACAUGUAGUCAUGUGUUUAGCUUGUGUGGGUCAAUUUGUGGUUAGUGGCUCAGCAGAUUCAACAAUUAGGGUUUGGUACAGGGAUAGAGAGAACUUUCAUAUUUGUUUGGGUGUAUUAGAAGGCCACAUAGGCCCAGUUAAGUGCCUCGUAGCCGUUUUAGAUGGUGAUGGUGAUGGUGAUGGUGAUGAUGGUGAUGAAGGCAACAAUGACAAUAACGACGACAGUGGUGGCCGAGGUUGUAAAGUAUACAGUGGAAGUGUUGAUGGGGUUCUAAAGGUUUGGCAGGUAAGAAGAAUCAGCCAUGCUAGUGAGGAACAAGUGCAAGAACAAGACACUCAAAACUAUUUUGAGAUUUAAGAAUUGUAGUUUUGCGUUUCAAUCAAUUUCUUCGACCUAAUAUGUACUAGGAAAAUUGUAAUUUAAUGGUUAGGGUGACA